ACCCACAGCACUGUCCUCUCCUGAUCUACUGACACUUUCAGACUUUAUUAGACCAUUUCUGCUGGGAUUUCCUUUUCUGAUCUAGACACCUCAACAUAUCUGACAUGUUUAUAUUCAUCUGUUUGUGCUCAUGGAGUCUGACUGGUGUGUUUGUUGCUGAUGCAGUGAAGUCAGAGUCAGUGACUGAGGGAGAAUCAGUCUCUCUGAACUCUAGUUUCACUCAAAUACACAGAGAUGAAGAGAUCGACUGGAAGUUUGGUGAUUUUCUCAUAGCUAAAGUGAAGAAAAACAAAGAGAGCAAGUUUUAUGGUGAAAAUGCUGAAGGGAGAUUCAGAGACAGACUGAAACUGGAUCAUCAGACUGGAUCUCUGACCAUCAUCAACAGCAGAACCACAGACUCUGGACUUUAUACAGUCUCCAGCAUCAGAACAGACAUGACGAUCAACACGAUCAAUCUCACUGUCUAUGCUCGUCUGCCUGUUCCUGACAUCAGCAGAGACUGUUCUUCGUCAUCUUCAUCAUCAUCAUCAUCAUCAUGUUCAUUGGUGUGUUCAGCUGUGAAUGUGAGUCAUGUGACUCUCUCCUGGUUCAAAGGAAACAGUUCAUUCUCCAGCAUCAGUGCGUCUGAUCUCAGCAUCAGUCUCUCUCUUCCUCUGGAGGUGGAAUAUCAGGAUAAAAACACCUACAGCUGUGUGAUCAACAAUCCCAUCAGAAACCAGACCAGACAUCUCAACAUCACUGAACUCUGUCACACAUGUGCUGCAGGUAUCACAAUUUAUUCACUUCAACCCUUCAUUGUGUCUACUCUGUAUCAAGGCGUAUCCUCGCUGAUCAUUGGACUGAUCUCUGCUGCUGGAUCUCUGUUGAUUGUAGCUGUAGUCGGGAUCUUCUGCAUCUGCAGGAAAACACACCAAGAGGUUCAGAGCGGUGAAGAAAUCACAUACGCUGAUCCCACGUUCUACAAACGAAAAGCACAGAAAUCGAGAGCUCAAGAGGAGGAGGAUGUGGUGUACGCAGGAGUCGUUAUGCGACACUGAUAGAAAAUGUGCUUCUGUUUAAGGGCUGCCAGCUUUCUAAAACCCAAAAAUCCAACAAUGGAAAAGGAGGUGAAUUACUUAAGCAGUGCUGAAGUUCAACUAAAGUUGUAUUAAAUAUACUUGUUUGUGCUAAAGUGUAACUAUUCCAACUAUACUUAAAUACAAGAGUAUAUUUAAAGUGUACUUGAGUUUUGAAAUGCAGAAUUCACUCAGCAUAAACGUUAAAUGUAUUUUGGUGACAUUAGAAUUGCAAUCCAGUUACAUUGUGAGUGUUGAACAUGCAUUAAUAUUAUACUGAUAACAAACUUUUAGUGAUGUUAAAACACAUUGCAAUGGCAUUCCAAGGUAACUUGUAGUGUGCUAAUGGCAUCAUUAUAGUGUUCUUUAAACAGACUACAAUAAAGUAAUCUUUAUAAAUAAAGUCACAGCUUUAGAAUAUGCCUUUUACAGACAGCCCCAGUAUACCAGUAACUUACUUAUCCAGUGAACAUCAGUGAGACAAAGAGAACAGAUUUAUAUGUAUACUGAAUGCAGGAACCAGUUCGGGCUGGAAUCGAACCCGGGUCACGCGGGCUGCUGACGCACAAGAGCUUACCUAUUGCGCCACCACACUGAUAUAAAUUGGGGUUACUUUUAAUGACAACACAAAUUAUACAACUAUUAAUGAGAGCACAAAUUAUAUGGAUUAAAAGACUGUGAAUCGCCGACAAAACUAUUAAUAUAUUAAAAUAAACAUGAAACGGCCUGUUGCUAUACAACAUGAACGUGCAUUAAACUUUAAGCUGUUAAAGAAAUAAAACCAGCAGACGCAACAUUAAAUAUCAAGAAUGUUUUGCUUCCCUUUUACCUGACAUUAUCUGUCAUUAACGCAACAUGAAGCAAUUGCAUAAACCGGCACAUUAGUUUUAUUCUUGUGCGCGCACUAAAACACAGACAGUUCCUUUCAUUGGUGGAAGAAUGUGAACAUGCUGAAUGCUGAACUGCUU